CUACAGAACAAAUAAAAGUGUGGAUUAAGUUGGCAUAAUGAGUGGUUGGAGAUGCUCUAAGGUGGUGGGGGAGCUUAAUUAUUUCUCAUACUUUUCAACGGGCUUGGUCUCCUCAAAAACUAAUUUUUUUUUUAGUGAAGUGUUGAUUAAGUUUGUCAUCCAAAGGAAAUUGGAGCGUACAUCUUUCGUACCAAUUUUGUUGGAGGGGAAAAUGGAGGACAGCGGCCAUAUUAUCCAGAUGCCAAGAGUGAAACUGGGUUCACAAGGGCUUGAGGUUUCUAGAUUAGGCUUCGGAUGCGCGGGACUUUCUGGAUACUACAAUGAUCCUCUCUCACACGAGGCUGGAUGUUCAGUUAUAAAGGAAGCUUUUAGAAAUGGUCUUACCUUCUUCGAUACCUCCGAUAUUUAUGGAGAAAAUCAUGACAAUGAAAUACUUCUCAGCAAGGCUCUGAAGGAGCUUCCUCGAGCAAAGGUUCAGUUAGCCACGAAGUUUGGGAUUAUGAGCUUAGAAGGUGGUAAACAUGCAGUAAAGGGUACCCCUGAAUACGUAAGGCAGUGCUGUGAAGCUAGUCUUAAACGACUUGGAAUUGACUACAUUGAUCUCUAUUAUCAGCACCGUGUGGAUGCUACGGUGCCAAUAGAGGACACUAUGGGAGAGCUGAAAAAACUUGUGGAUGAGGGAAAGAUAAAGUACAUUGGGUUAUCUGAAGCUAGUGCGAACACAAUGAGGAGAGCCCAUAGAGUUCAUCCCAUAACCGCUGUUCAAGUGGAGUAUUCGCUAUGGACUCGUGACAUUGAAGAGGAUAUAAUCCCAAUUUGCCGAGAGCUGGGUAUUGGAAUAGUGGCUUAUAGCCCUCUUGGCCGUGGCUUCUUUGGUGGGAAGGCAGUUGUUGAGGCAUUGCCCGACAAUACUAUAUUGCCUCACUGGCCAAGGUUUACCGGAGAGAAUCUAGAGAAGAACAAACAACUAUAUGACCGUCUAGCCAACCUUGCUGCGAAGAAAAAUUGCACCCCUCCGCAACUGGCAUUGGCGUGGCUUCUCCAUCAAGAAGACAAUAUCGUUCCCAUCCCGGGGACAACCAAGGUUAAGAACCUUCAUAAUAACCUAGGAGCGUUGUCACUGAAGCUAACUGAAGAAGAUUUGAAAGAAAUUUCUGAUGCAGUUCCCAUUGAUGAAGUGGCUGGCGAAAGAGACCCUGAAUCCUUUACACAAUACUCUCGGAAGUUCGCAAACACCCCAGAAAAAUCUUGAGUAAAACUACAGAUCAAUGGAGUUAUAGAUCUAUAAUAAUAUGAUAGACUACUGUUUGAAUUGUAUAUGUAUGUCGUGGGUUUUCUUUGGAGCUAUGGAGCUUGUACUUAUGUACCAUCUUAUGGCUUUCGUGUUUGGACCUGAUACUUGGUGCUGAUAAUCUACAGAGCUAUAACAAUAUGAUAUGAUAGACUGAUGUUUGAAUUUUA